CGCUGCGCGACCUGCGCAGUCGGCUUCCUGCUACAGCAGCCUCGCUGGCUAGCCUAGCCAGUUAGCGGCGCGCUGGGCUGAUCAGCGAGCGGCAAUAAACGACACGAUGGGGGGUAAAACGAGCACGAUUGUCGCCGGGGUGUGCGGCGCCAUCUUCCUCGGAUAUUGUGUUUAUUUCGACAACAAACGACGGAGCGAUCCAGACUUCAAGAAGAAGCUACGCGAACGCAGGAGGAAGCAGAACGCAUCCAAAGAGACCCCUGGGCUGACAAGGCUGCCAGAUUUAAAGGAUGCGGAAGCUGUGCAGAAAUUCUUCCUGGAGGAAAUCCAACUAGGAGAGGAGCUCCUUUCUCAAGGAGACUAUGAGAAGGGAGUGGAUCAUCUGACCAAUGCUAUAGCGGUGUGUGGCCAGCCACAGCAGCUGCUUCAGGUACUCCAGCAGACGCUGCCGCCGCCAGUUUUCCAGAUGCUGCUGACCAAGCUGCCCACUGUCAGCCAGAAAAUUGUGAGUGCUCAGUCCUUGACAGAAGAUGACGUGGAAUAAGGGAGUGUAUGUGAAUGGCGUAACCGAGCCUGAUAUGUCGCGUAAAGGGACGUCACAACGGCCAUGGUCUCGUGUGUCUGGGCAUGUAUACGUGUCAGGUGAAAAGCUGACUGUGAAUGUAUGAAUCCUGCAUUGGAUGUUAGAUGACAUCAGUCCCUUUGCCACUGUACAGCUGGUCCAGAAUGUCUAUUACUUUCUUGCACCUCCGCAAAGCAUAAAACAUUCCAUAUCUGUCACUCUGCCCCCAAUAACUCAUACGUUUUUAUUAUCCCUCCAUCUUCCCUCCACUAAUUCCCCCAAGUUAACCUUGUAUGGUCACUGUCCAUGUAAACUCUAUAGUAUGCUGUAUGACGAAUAAAAAAUGAAAGAGAAUGUCCCAGAUGUAAUUUAUAGACACGAAAUGCUGUAGCAUAACUUGCAUUAAAUGCUUUUUUAAUAACCAU